AUGGCUACAAACAGCAGGCCCUCGGCAUUUUCUAGUCUGAGAAUGGGUGAGGUAAUCCGCGAGAAGGUGCAAGAUGGCCUGACGGGCGAGACGAAAGAGAUGCAAUACACCCAGUGCAAGAUAGUGGGCAACGGCAGUUUCGGCGUCGUCUUCCAGACCAAGCUCUCGCCCUCGGGAGAGGAUGCGGCCAUCAAGCGCGUUCUCCAGGACAAGCGCUUCAAGGCAAGUCUCCGUGUCUCGACCAACAGAGAGCUCCAAAUCAUGCGCAUCGUGCGCCAUCCCAACAUCGUCGAACUCAAGGCGUUCUACUACUCCAAUGGUGACAGGGUUCGAGAUCUCGAUAACAAAAUGGGGGUGCAAACAGCUCUGAUCGCGGCGCAGAAAGAUGAAGUCUACCUCAACCUGGUCCUCGAGUUCGUCCCCGAGACCGUGUACCGCGCCUCGAGGCACUUCAACAAGCUCAAGACCACCAUGCCCAUCCUCGAGGUCAAGCUCUACAUCUACCAGCUGUUCCGCUCCCUCGCCUACAUCCACUCCCAGGGUAUCUGCCACCGAGACAUCAAGCCACAGAACUUGCUCCUGGAUCCCGCCUCGGGCAUUCUCAAGCUCUGCGACUUUGGCAGUGCAAAGAUUCUGGUCGAGAAUGAGCCCAAUGUCUCGUACAUCUGUUCGCGCUACUAUCGCGCCCCGGAGCUCAUUUUCGGUGCCACGAACUACACCACGAAGAUUGAUGUUUGGUCCACUGGCUGCGUCAUGGCGGAGCUGAUGCUCGGCCAGCCACUGUUCCCAGGAGAGUCCGGCAUUGACCAGCUGGUGGAGAUUAUCAAGGUGCUUGGCACGCCGACCCGCGACCAAAUCCGCACCAUGAAUCCCAAUUACAUGGAGCACAAGUUCCCGCAAAUCAAGCCGCAUCCAUUUAGCAAGGUGUUCCGUAAGGCCGACCCGAAUGCGAUCGACUUGAUUUCACGGUUGCUUGAAUACACGCCGACGCAGCGCCUGUCGGCUAUUGACGCCAUGGUCCACCCAUUCUUCGACGAGCUCCGAGACCCGAAUACGAGGCUGCCGGAUUCACGCCAUUCGAAUGGCAGCAGCAGGGACCUCCCAAAUCUCUUUGAUUUCUCCCAUCAUGAGCUCUCAAUCGCCCCGAAUCUCAACCAUCAGCUUGUGCCAGCGCACAUCAAGCCGGUUCUGGCCGCCAAAGGUCUGGAUAUCGAGAACUUGACACCGCUGACCAAGGAUCAAAUGAUGGCUCGUUUGGACUGA